AUGGUUCAAACAAAUGCCCAUGGCCAAACAGUGGGAGAUGAUGUGGCCAACUGCGAGGUGAGAGAGUUUCCGAAGCAAGUUACUCUCAAUGGCCAAUACUGCAGACUGGAGCCUCUGGAUGUUAAAAAGCAUAGUGUGGAGUUAUACAAAGCAUUCCAAACAACAGAUGUCGAUCGACUUUUGACUUACCUCAUUGUGAAGCCCUUCAGCACUCUCCAAGAAUAUGAAAAUCUAAUACUAGAGUUUCUAAACAUGGAGAACAGCGUCCACUACGCAAUCAUCAAUGUAGAAAAUCUACGUCCUUGUGGAACUAUCUGUUUACAGAGAAUUGAUGUUCAAAAUGGAAUCGCGGAGAUAGGUUUUGUAAUAUUCUCUCCAGAGCUACAGCGCACAAUUGCUGCUACCGAGGUCCAAUAUUUGCUUCUAAAACAUGUAUUCGAUCAGUUGGCUUAUAGAAGGUGUGAAUGGAAAUGUGACAUUUUGAAUGCCCCUUCAAGAAACUGUGCUUUGCGACUGGGUUUUAAGUAUGAAGGACUAUUCCGUAGGUCUGCGAUUUACAAAGGGCGUAACAGGGACACUGAAUGGUUUUCUAUUGUAGAAGACGAGUGGCCGGGUGUUCGCCAAGCGUUCGAAAAGUGGUUGAGUCCCGAAAACUUUCAAGACGGACAGCAAAAGCAGAGGCUUCGUGAUUUUCAGGGCAUCACUCAAAGUCAUUGA